AUGAGUGCUGGAGAAUUAACACUGAAUAUAAAUCAACAAUGUGGAAAAGAUGGAGAUGGAACAUGUAAAUGUGGUAGUAAUAUACCUGACAUAAGGGCAAGAGAGGAGACUAAUCAGCCGGUAGCCGGCUUUACCAAAUACACUCAUUAUUGUGAAUAUGAAGGAACAUUUAAGCUAAAAAAGAAGCUAGGUGGACUUAGCAUAAUAGAAGUAGUAGGAACAGCAGGAGGAAAGCCAGGACCAACAAUCUCUGGUGUCACGGAUGUUGCAGUGUAUUUCUGGGAUGGUGAACCUAAUAUACCAAUCCUUAUUGGAAUUACCAAGAGUAAUAGUAAACCUACAUUCUAUGGCAGGAGUAAGAAAGGUAGCCCCUGGAUGAAUGGUAGAGUACCUAAUAUGAAUGAACAAGAAGCUUUGGAUAAUCAGAACUGUCACAAUAACGAUGCGGUUACUAUAGAUCUAUCUUAUGGAGUAUCUACGGAUAAAAUCAAUGGAUCAUAUUGUUGCAGUGAUAACCAUGGUUUUAAUAGGAUCACUGUUACUCCUGUGACAGUUUUCUGUUCAACCCAUUCUAACUCUCUUACAUUCUACAAACACACUAUUAAAGGUCAUUUGAGACUGGGAGCCAUCAAGUACAAUGAUGGAGGGGAAAAGAGUAUAAAGCGCAUAACUUUGGAGGGACGACCAUUUCUUCCAAAUGUAAAAGCAAUCUAUGUUUUUUACUGUCAAAAGAAUAACCCAUUAUUAAUAUACAUUGAAGAUGGAAAUCAAAAUGGUGUUACUGGAUGGUUCCAGAAAAAUGGUGCCUCCGGUAGUAAUGGAAAUGAAAAGUGGACACAAACUCAUGUUCUCGGAAACAUAAGACCAGAUAAGUUAACUAAACCUAUAGACUGUACUAGUGAAGGCGAUUUUAAGAAACUUGCUAAGGAACUAAAGAAACUUAACUGUGAGUGCUUGAAAGAAUGUAUUAGAACCCUUGACCCAGAACAUCUUGGACAGAAUGGUGUUCAACGUGAGGAGGUCCCAGCAGCUGACUUAUCUGACCAGGUUCCUGAUACGGAGUCUGAGACUAAGAUUCUUCUACAAGGUACUCCAGUGGCUCAAAUGGCUGAAGAUGCCAUAGAUGGUGAAAGACUAAAACACCUUAUUGUUACUCCUUCUGGAGACUCUCCUGAUCUACCUACCAUCAUAGGAGUACCUACAGCUUUUCUUACAACUUCUGCCUUGGCUUGUUUUACAGUAUGGAAACUCUAUAAUCGCUAUAAAGGAGAUCCUUGGGUUAGACAGAUAUCCUAUAGGGUUUUAAAGAAUGUACCAUAUUGA